AUGGGUGUGUUCGACUCAGCUCUACUCCUACUCAGGAGAACUGCGGUGGUGUGGGUGGCGAUCUUAACAGCAUGGAUUUGGUGGAGCGCCAUGGUCGAACAACCAGCUUGGUUGCGCCGCCUCCUGAUCCAAGUAGAUCAUCACCAAUAUCCCGCACCACCAGGACUCCUUUCCAGAGACUUAGACCAUCCUCAAUCUGCACCAGUACUACUCCACCACAAAGACGGAAAAAUCAACGACGACCAUCAACAUGCUUACUUGGUCGACCCUGCUAACUACCAGACCGUGAGAUUCACCAUCACCGGCGCCACAGAACAAAGCUACCGCGAAUUUGUGGCAGAGAUACGGCGCCGAACGGAAAAUCCUGGGGACGAAAGGCACGGAAUACGGGUGAUGCGCGACCCAUCCACGGUGCCAGACGCCCAGCGGUUUCUCUUGGUGGAGAUCACAAACAUGGCGGAGGACAGAGUCACGUUCGGAGUAGAUGUGACCACCAUGUACAUGGUGGCUUACCGCGUAGGACAGCAGGCGUACUUCUUUAACGACGCGCCUGCCGCUGCAACCUCUAAUCUUUUUCAGGAUGCGCAGCCUGUCAGCCUUACAUUUGGUAGCGGCUACCCAUCUCUUCGAGCAACUGCAGAUGUAAGCGAUAUAGACCUGAUCUCCAUGGGGAUUGCAGAACUGGAGGGUUCCAUAAGCACAUUGGCCCAUAGGUCUGGCACAGGUGACCAAACUAAUGUUGCUCGUUCCGUCAUAAUCUGCAUUGUGUUAACUUCAGAGGCAGCGCGGCUCAGAUAUGUGGAAGGACUGGUGAUCAGAAGCAUCACGCAGCGCGAAAGCUUUGUUCGGAAUGGUGCCAUGCUCAGCCUCAUACGCCACUGGAGGGACAUUUCUGAACAAAUUCAACAGUCCAACCAAGGUGCCUUUUCUACGCCACUUGCGUUACAGAGACGAGACUAUUCGCAGUUCACCGUGAGCAGUGUGGCUCCCAUUAUCUCAAGUAUUGGGAUCAUGAUGUUCGUUUGCAAUAAUCCUGGCCCUCGUAGGUCUUCUGAUAAUCAGCUUCUAAGAGAUAUGCCUGUCAAUGCACCGGAACAGAACCAUAGAAGUUCUUAUUGUGUACAUCCAGAGCCCACCGUGCGCAUCUUGGGUCGAAACGGCCUGUGCAUGGACGUGAAGGGUGGACAAUACACAGAUGGAACUGUAGUACAGUUAUGGACUUGUCAUUCCGAAUCCCCUCAAAAUCAAUUGUGGACUUUGAAAAGAGAUGGAACUAUUCGAUCUAACAACAAGUGUUUGGCUGUUCGUGGGACGAUAUUCGCUGAUGACCAUAUGGUAAUGAUAUUUACGUGCAAUGUCCCCUCGCCAGGUGCCACCCGAUGGGAAGUAUGGGAUAAUGGAACAAUCUUAAAUCCAGAGACAUCACUUGCCUUGACUGCAUGGACUGGAAAUAUUGGAACCACACUAUCUGUGGAUCAAAAUACUUAUGCUACCACUCAAGGUUGGCUCCUUAGUAAGGAUACAGGACCAACCAUAGCAUCGAUUGUUGGGCUCAAAAAUCUCUGCAUGCAAGCAAGUGGAGGCAACGUGUGGCUAGAGGAAUGCAGAAGUAACAAGCCAGAGCAAAUGUGGGCUCUUUAUGCAGAUGGUUCUAUCCGACCUCAACAGAACCAAGAUGUUUGCCUCACAUGUGAUGAUGAGACUUCCCAGGGAGCAAGUCUUGUCAACAUUCGUCCUUGCAAUUGGGGGUCUCCUGGACAACGCUGGAUGUUUAAAAAUUACGGUACCAUCAUGAACUUGAACACUCAAAUGGUGAUGGAUGUAAGAAGAUCUGAUCCAACUCUUCAUCAAAUAAUUACAUACCCGCCAACCGGAAAUCCUAAUCAGGAGUGGUUGCUAUUUCUUUAA